UACCGGUAAUGAUUAUGUCAUGUAGAUACCGACUACUACUGGCUAUUUUUUGCCAUUACAUCUACUGAUCUAGACUAAAGUAAAGCUUGCCUUACCCGAAAUAGCGCAGUACAGUGUGAUGAUGUCCGUGUCUGCGUUUUGUUCUGACGAUAGGUGGAAAAGGCAAGACCUUCGAUAAACAUUAGAACAAACAUUCCCUCCACGCUGCUGGUAGUGUCUCUGCUGCGUUCAAAUCAAUUCCUUCUACGCCGUUGUCAACUGUGGCUACUGCGAGGAAACAAACGAAUCAUCGAAUGCCGCCCAUUACUGUCGCCGCCACCCGUACCGAAUUGUUUCGGUGAGCGCUGAAGCCAUCAGCGAUGGAGUGGUCCCUGCCUCGCUUGUUUGAUGCACUUGGCGGUGUGCUGCUCACGGCUAUCAUCGUGCAUCACCUGGGGCUCGACGGAAUGCAGCGGAUCGGUACCCAGGCACUGGUACUGACGAAGAGCGACGACAAUUUUUACGGACCGUGCCGCGCGGAGUCCAGCUGCCGGGGCCGAGUCGGGAGUGUAGUGUUCGGUGGUUUCUUCCCCUUGCGAGAGUGGAACUACACGAAUUCCUCCUGCUCGCAUACAAUCCGACCCGAGGGGUUUCAGCGGAUGGAAGCUAUGCGUUGGGCUAUAGAGCAGUAUCGCUCUGAUCUGGACGUUGGUUACGACUUGCGCGAUAGCUGUUCGAAGAAUACGAUCGUUCGUGACAAGUCUCUCGACUACACCAACGAAAGAGAACAGUGUCACGACAAGUUCGCUGGUCGUCCCGUGUCUCUGGUUAUUGGAUCGUCGGAAAGCGACUGUACGAACACGCUUGCCACGAUGCUUUCGAUCUUCGACGUUCCUGUCAUCAAUUACGCGUCGACGUCGAACAACAUGAACGGGACUGCGCAGCGAGAACAGGAAAGUUUUGGCAAGUUUUUUCGCACAGUCCCACCAGACCGGAUCCAGAUCGGAGCAAUGAUUGCCGUGUUGGAACACUUCAACUGGACGUUUAUCACGUUUGUCCAUGGUACAGACGAGUAUGGCAAAUAUGCACGCGACUGGAUGAGGAAACAAGCCUCCAACGCUAGCUUCUGUGUGGCUGCUGAGAUCGAGCUGGAUAUACAGAAGCCGGGAAAUCCCCCUUUCAGACAAGCUGUGACUAAGCUGAGUGAGACUUGGACACGGAACGCUAGUGUGGUGAUUGUGUUUGCCCAGCACUAUGUGACUCGGCUGUUCUUUGAACAAGUAGAAGCGUUUGCUAGUAAUCAAUCAGCAGACAUCAAGGCCAACCUGUAUGAGCGCAUAUGGAUAGCUUCGGACGCCUGGUCUGGCAAUGUACCGUUGGCUCAGCGCUUUCCUGCUCUGCUGGAAGGACGACUUCUUGCCUUCCAGCCGUACACCGGUAUUGAUGAUGGAUUCAACCAAGACCUUGCAACAUCCCCCUUUGAAAGCUUCCCAACGGGCAAGCGUAAUGUGUGGUACAGAAGAUACUUUGACUACUUGUUCGGUGAAGGCAAUUACAACGCAUCCACCACUGCCGAAGAAAGCCCACUAUUCUACAUAGAUGCCAAGGUGCCAUUGGUUAUCCGUUCUGUUAUUAUCGCUUUGCAGGCAUUAGAGAGUGUGCUUGAGCAACAGUGUGGAAACAAGACCAUAUGCAGUGCUGUGAACGACACAAGCAAAGGAGUCCUUGUUGGCCCCGACCUCAUUAAUGUCCUGCGCCAGAAUGUGUUCUACUCGCCGUUUGAUCAGAUGAGAUUCAAGUUUGAGGGGCGAGAUAGCCGAUCAUUUGUACCCUUUACAGGUUCUAACUUCACGUACAGUAUUCUGCAUUACCGGAAGAAUGAGACCGCAUCCGAUUCUAGCGCUGACUUUGUCAACAUUGGAACGUGGGAGGCCAGUGGAAGACCUAUCACGGUUGACGAACUCCCCAAGAAGGGUCUUCAACGUUUUUACCGUGAAGGUGAAUGGAUUCAAACAUUCGAGGAGUUGAGCAUUGAUGAUGGUCUUUCGGAGUCGAGCCUGAUGGGAAAGCGUUCAAUGUGUGCCGUACCUUGCCGCCCAGGGACUAUUCCUAUCACACAUCUUGCGGUGAAGGGCGGGUGUUGCUGGUCAUGCAAGAAAUGUGAACAGUUCCAUAUAUCGAAAGAGGGACAGUGCGUACGCUGCGGCGAGUUAGAGACCCCGGAUGCGACUCAGUCUGUAUGUGUGAAUCUGGUGCCGCGCCAUCCACACUACCUUGAUCCCUUUCCCAAGGCGAUUUGGUCCAUCUCGGCACUCGUCUUUUUCAUCCUCACUCUAUUUCUCAUUUUCUACGUUAGCAACUGGGACGCGCCAGACAUCCGUGCCACCAGCCGAGACUUGACGGUGUGUUGUUUUGCGGGCAUGUAUCUAGCCCUGGCCGGUGUCUUAGUGCACCUUGCUGCACCCAGCACUGCCGUGUGUGGUGUGCGCCGCUAUCUUCUCACAGUACCGCUCAGUUUCUGCUAUGGGGCCAUGGUCAUCAAGACGAAUCGCAUCUACAGGCUGUUCGCCCGCUCGAAGCGCAAGGGCUUGAAGCGGAAGGUGAAGUACACCGAACCGUAUAUCCAGUUCCUAAUCACCACUGCACUCGCUUCAAUUCAGAUGGUGCUAACAACAAUCUGGACGGCCUCAGCACCUCCGAAAACUGUGCUUCUCGUCAAGACGCCAAAUGUUGCCGUUAAUACGAUAUGCAAUGAGGAAAUGAGCUUGGGUUUCUAUGGAACGUUACUGUACAACUUGAUGCUGGUGGUUGCUACUCUUCUCUACAACAACUCUACUCCGCUGAGUACGCCCGAGAAGUUCAACGAACGUCGCUUUAUCAAGUUAGCGUUCGCAGCACCUUUUCCUGUGUGGGCAAUCGUGAUUGCGUUAGGAAACACCACGGACAAGAAUCUUGUUAGUCUGUUCAUAGCUGUGGCUGUGCUAGCUUCCGUGGCGAUAAUGGCCAUCUUUCUCUUCCUUCCUAAGUACUAUCGCUUUUUAGCGGAGAAGUACGGCCAAAGAUGCAUGAAAAUGUUCACCAGGUUUGUUAACGGAGAUACCACCACGUCUUCUGGCACGGACGAUACACAACCGACUGGUGAAGGUACACCACAGAAUGAGAAUAGUUAUCCGAUAUCGCCGGUCGAAUCACCAGUCAAGUCUGUGAGUUCUUUCCAACAUCACUACGAAAGCGUUGGUCAAAUCGCUAGUGAGCGCUCUCUUGGCGUACAGAGACGAUGUGCACAAGUAGCUGGAUCCACCGCGCAGUAGGCAGUCCAAGUCAAUAGAACUUCCCAGCUCGUUGGCGG